CUGGUCUACGACGAUUGCAUUUUCGAUUCUAUCACAUAUUCCUCAACUAGGUACGUGCUUCUAAACGAUUUUUUGACCGAAAUUACCUGGGCAAAAGCGGGUUUUUAGGCCCAAGGCGAAAAAUGUUGCGAUAUUUUUUUCUUCUUUUUUUGGGUUUUUUUGCGUUGACGUUUUUAAGUGAGGUGACUGAUAACAAAAUCAAAUGGUUUUCAAUUUUAAUUCGCCGAGUUCAUGUUUUUAUUGAACAAUUGGAAAUUGACGAAUUUCGACGUUUAUUUUUAAAUAACAGUUUAAUUAUCGGAGUGUAAAUAGAACUGGAUUUUUUGAUUGUUCAGAGGAUGAUUUUAUUGUUUCUGAUCUUUGAAAAUAUUGGGAUUGUUAUGCGAUUUUUGUUUGUAACGGGUUUUUUCCCGGAAGUGGAAGAUACGUUAAAAUCAGUUUUUCACGGUUUAGAAGAUUUUCUAUGCUUUUUAUCUUAUGAUGUGUGAAGUAGGUAAUUAAUCAGCUGAUUUUGAUUAUGUAAUCUCUACGUCAUGCUUCGUUAAUUUUGAAAUAUAUUGUGAUAUUAACCUCAAAGUAUUUUCAGAGAUGUUUUUGAUAUCUGUUUCUUGUGUUUCUGCUGGAUUUCGUAUCCUAGACUGCCAGAAGUUCUUUCUGGCCCAGAACCUGUUUAUUUUGGGUUUUUAGGCUUUAUAAAUAAUGAAUUAGGUUUAUAUGAGAUGAAAGGCAUAUAGCUUUCAGGCCAUCGAGCAUUCACUAGGCUACAAAAACUACAAAUAAACAUCAAAGAAACACCAAAAUCUUUGUAUUUUCCUACAUGAAUUCGAAAUUUUGAAAAUAUUCAAAAUGAAACCGAAAAGUCUAACUUUUAUUUCGUUAGUUUCAAAAAAUCAGCUAUCACUUUAAUUGUUUGAUCUCGAAUGUUUGCAGAAAAAGAAAAAUCAACAAAAUUCCGUCUGUCUAGUCUGAUCAAUGAAAAAUUGGCACAUUACGCAAUAAAAUUAAUAGGCCGAAUAACACAAGCCACAAAGAACAAAAAGUCAUCAAUAAUCUGUUUACCUCUCCCCCUUCUUCUCCCUAUCCGGUAAAUAAUAUCUUAUCGAUUACAAUAACUUACUAAUAAUUGCUCCGUGUUUCUCUAAACCUCUCUCACUCUUCUUCACAAUGUCAAUAUUAUACAAAUAUGUUUAUGAGACUAUAUACUACAGAAAGUGUAUUUUCCUGCCUUUCCCAUCGAAAUGUUGAAUAAACAUCGACGGACGGACGAGGGCGAAAGUUCUUUUUUUCUGACUUUUUUUUCGUUAUCGCACGCAUUAUAACCAUAUAAUAAUAUUGUUAUGGAAAAAAAUUGACAUUGAGUCAUGCAAAAAUUCCCUUUUUUUCCUGUUCAUGUUUAGUUUUUUCUCUCCAAACAUGUGUUUUCGUCACUUUUUUUCCCACAAAGAACUUGUUCUUUUUGCAUAGAGUCUAUUUUGGUUUAACCUAAUUAGUCAUGCGGAAAAAUAAUAUGAUUUUUGCUUGAAACGUGACCUAGAAGUUGCCAGGUUACCUUUGAGCAUUUCUAGCUUUUUAUUCUGAAGUAAACGUGAGCAUUUUGCGUUAUGCCCUCCUAGGCAAAUUUAUCAAGCUCCAAAAUCUUGAGUUUUCGGUGUUUUCUAGUUAGAUUUUCUGACAGCUGAACAUUUUCUGAAAAACAAAAUUGUCCAGGUGAUUUUUUGAGAAACUUGGUGGAAUUCUGGUCUUUGGCGGAAUUUUUACCACUUCAGUGACUUCUAAACUUGAUCUUGAUGAUUGAAUUCAUCAAAACGACCGAGGAAUCCGAGCAUCGCUUUUUGUGGUCCAUAAAACCUAUUCCUUUAAAAAAUCUCAGAUUUUCAGACAAAAAUCUAUUUUCAUCUGAUCAACAUCAAAUAAAUAUUUGUUUACUCAACGCUUUUCAUAUUUUUACACCUGCUCUAACUUAAUUUUCUCAUUUUUUUCCUCGUAUCAACUCGGGCCGCUAAAUAGAAUAAGAAUUGGAUUAUGCAACACACACCACUUAAAAAUUCAUUGCCUCUUUUCUUCGUUCUGUUCUCCGUUUUUUCACACACACAACACAGCAUUUCGAUUCGAUUCGUUUCGUGUUUUAUCCUUUCGCUUGAACAAGAGAAUAAAAAUAAGAAGAGAAAAAUCCGGACAUAUUUACGAUUCCUUCCACCUCGUUGCAUUUCAAAAGAUAUCUCAUAUAUUUAUUAUAUAAAUAUGUUUGACCCGCGGGUCGAAUGGCGCGUUUUUGAAUAAUUGAUUCGUAGUUUAGUCAGAUUAGAUUGUGUGUGUAGGCUGAUUUGAUCGAGGUAUAAUUGGCUUUUUCGUUUGUUAUAGGCUUCUUGGUGUUUUGUGAUUUCCAGACCACCUCAAAAUUUUCUAUAUUGAAAAUAUGUUUUUCUUGAAAUCUUUCCCAAAACCCCAAUUUUUCAAGUUUUCUGCUGGUAUUCCGGAAUUUCUAGGGUAUUCUCCUCGAAAAACCACAUUUUAGAGUCCAAAGAUAUUCGCCAUUAUUUUUUCCACAUAAAUCCGUCAACAAUGAUACUAAUAUACUAAAUUUCGUCUUUUCCUACGAAAAAUCAUCAUCAAGAAGACGUUUUUGGGUUGCUUGGCAUCGCUUGCAUUGUUUGCCCUUUUCCGUCCGUCGUGUUCUUUUUUUGACAUUUCUUCUCUUUUUUCUUUUAGGUUUCAUGCUCUCGUAUAGAAUUCUUCGUUUUCUUUUUUGGCUCCUCUUUUGGUUUCUUUUUCAGUAGUCCCUCUACAUCUUUUAUAAUUAAUUUUAUUCAAGUCAAGAGCAUUGAACUUUUAGAAAAAGAGAAUGUAUGUUUUUUGAUAUUGGAUUACACUUUCCGAUCGGGCAAGGAUUAAAAAAUUUAAUUCGUGUGUUGCUCGAAUUUUUAUUAGUAGUCUUCUGCUUUUAAUGAUUGAGUGGAGUUUUUCCUUGAGAAACCCUUGAAGCUAGAUUUUUCUGAAAUUUCGGACGAAAAAGUUUUAUCAUUCGAACGUGAUGCCUUAUUUAUGGCGUGGUUACUUUUUAUAUGAUUAUUGAAAAAAUGUAAGGACCUAGGACCCAGUUCUCCAUGUUCUGCAUAUUUUCGUUGAAAAUUUAAAUAUCUCGAUUAUCAGUUUUUUCUGAAGUUAGGAUUCUUUCCAAGAUUUUUUUGAUCAGCGAAGGAAUCAUUUUGAAAAUUAUAUUGUUUUCUUCGAAAAAAUUGUGAUCCGAAUUUUCAUAGAGAUUUAGAAAAGUCUGCUUUUAAAAUUCGACAAAUUUUUCACCCUUUUCAAACUGAUCUGGAGACCAAAAUAUGUAAUUUUGGUGGCCUUGAAAACUGAAAUUUUUCUUAGUAUUUCAAUUUCAACGAUAUUUUGGUGUCGAAAUUCCUCACAAAUCAAAUUUUUCUCCUUAGCCGAAAGGUUAAACACACAUAGAAUGUGACAAAACGGAAAUGCAAUUAAAUUGCUCUUCUCAUUUUCAUUUUCACACACUUCUCUUCAAUAUCAUUUUUCUUUAUUUUUCUCCUCGAAUAUCCGCCACUUUUUUCACUUUUUCAUCCGAAAUAAUCCUCCUAGUUUUUUGGUUUUUCCUCAACAAAAAACCAAAAUAAGAAACUUAACUUGGUCUCUAGAAAGAGAAAAAAGUGUUCCCCUUUUGGUCCCCAGAGAGUUUUCUGAAAAAAAGUGCAGAAAAAGGAUGAAAAAUAUAUGAGACGAGUUUUUUAUUGCAGAAAGAAAAAGAAGUACAAUUGGCACAAAACAAAAAUGGGAGUAGGAAUGAAUGAGAAAAAACCGCUGCUGGUGCAUUUGGACGGAAAAUUGUACGAUAUCGCGGAUUUUGCGCAGAAACAUCCGGGUGGCGCGAAAGUUUUGCAUAAAUUGGCGGGAGAGGAGAUUGGCGAAUUUAUGCGAGGAGAACGACGAAUUAUGGGAGUGAAACAUGAACAUUCGGAAGCAGCUUAUGGAAUGUUGGAACGAUAUAGUGUAGAUAAAUUUCAGAAGGUGAGAAUUUUUAAUGAAAAAUGUCAAAAUUUCUCUCAAAAAACCCAAAUUUUCUUCAGCUCGACCCACUAAUCGAUGGAAAACAAGGAAUGUUAUUCAAAGUCGGCUCAUUACGUUCCGAAUAUUGGCAUUGGAUACAUCAACCAUACGACGGAACUCUUCGAUUAUUCGAUUCGGAUUUUUUGGAGAGUUUGACGAGAACAAGUUGGUGGGUGGUGCCAUCGGUUUGGGUGCCAGUUGUUCUGUUAUUUUCGCUUUUUUCGAUUUCCACGUUUUCGCAGACUACUGGUGAGUUUUUUAAACGGAACAUUUGGUGGGAAAUUAAAGUUUUUGAAUCGGAAAAUCAGGAUUUCAUGAAGAAUAAGGUGUUUGAUCUAGAAUCACAAAAACAUACGAUUUUCCAUGACCUAAACUUCCAAAUUCCACUCCGAAAUCUAAAUUUUCUCUUCCAGAUCUCUAUAAUUCGGUGCUCCUCUGGUCAUUUUGGUUUGUAGUCGGAAUUUUGACAUGGACUCUCACUGAAUAUAGUUUGCACAGAUGGGUUUUCCACUGGAAACCAUCGCCCGAAUCGGAAAAUCAGAUUUUAUUGCAUUUCUUGUUGCAUGGUAUGUUUUUUUUAGUUGUUGGGGUGGAUUCUUGUCUGAAAUGGGGAUUUUAACUUGAGAAAAUCGUUUGAAAAUAAAUGUGCACUCUAAAAGAAAAAAUUGUUCAAUUUUCAUCUAAAAAGCUCUCAAUUGUCACUCUUACUAGUCUAUAUUUCUUCCAGGACUUCACCACAAAACACCAAUGGAUGGUGAUCGUUUGGUGUUUCCACCAGUUCCUGCAAUCCCAAUUGUCUUAUUUUUCUACAUUAUUUAUUCAAAUACUUUCACUUGGCCAGUUUUUUGUGCUUUUGGAGCUGGAAAAUUGUUUGGAUACGUUGGUUAUGAUAUGAUUCAUUAUUAUUUACAUCAUGGAGCACCGCGACCGUUGAGCAAUAUGCAUUAUAGAAAAGUUUAUCAUCAUAAUCAUCAUUUUAAGAAUUUCGAUGUUGGUGAGUUGAUUUCUGGAAAGAUUAGGGGUGAUAAAUUGGGUCUUGAAGAUGGUUUUGAAUAUCGAAAGUUGGAAUUAGCUUUCCCAGAAAAUCUCCAGAUGAAACGUCACCAAAUCAUUUAUUUUUCCAGGAUUCGGAAUAUCAACAUCACUUUGGGACUAUAUUUUCCAUACAGUCGGAAUGGGACCGCUCUAA